AAUACGCCAAAUUCUGGGGACGAUUUGUUUGUAUUAAAAAUUCGACAAAUACAUAAUGUUUUUUUACGUGCAAUAUUUAAGUGGAAGUAGAAGAGGUACAAAAAGGUUUCUCACAGAUGCUGAUUUUAAAAAGCCUCCAAUGGUAGAAAAUGCUGAUUCAGUAAAUAAAAAGAAGAAAUAUAAAGUUGUUGGUACAGAAAACAUUUUUGAUAAUGUUGCUAUAUUAUUCGCUGCAGACAACCUAGGAGUACUACAAAGAAUUGUAGCAAAUAGUAGACCACGAUUCAAUAAUAAACUUUUGGAUUCAGCAUCCUCAUCGUCGGAAGCACCUUCAACUAGUGGCAAAUUUAAGGUAAUUAAAUAGAAAGAAAGACAUACUUAACAAUGUCUUAUUUUAUA